AUGUGGAUCCCAUGCUUGCUCUCGCCGCUCCUGCCUGCUCUGCUGCUACCUGCCCGCAGGCAAGAGGAGGAGGCUGUCGAGGCGCUCGUGCGCAGGGCCCUCACCAACCGCGCGCUGCUAGUGCGGGCUCUGCAGCGGCCGCUGGCCUUCCCGGAGGCCAGCGGCGCCGGCGACGUCGUCGGCGCGCUCGCCUCUGGCCUGGCCGCCCCCGCGUCGCGGCGCGUGCUUGUGGGCGCCGUGGUGGACGGCCAGGAGGCGCAGCGGCUGGUGGACGUGGGGCCGCCCGCGGACGACGCGGCCGCGGCGGCGCGUUUCCGCGCACUGUGGGGCGAUCGGUCUGAGCUGCGGCGCUUCCAGGACGGAAAGAUAUGCGAGGCCGUGGCCUGGGAGGCCCCGCCAGGCUCGCGCCACACCAUCCCUGACGCCGCCGUCUCGCACGUCCUGGGCCGCCACCUGGCGCGCGGCGCUCGCAUCGACUGCAGCGCGGGGCGGCUGGAUGCGGCGCUCGCACCGCAACCGCCGGCCCUGGGGCGCCGCUGGCCGGACGACCUGGCGGCCUACGGCAAGAUGAAGGCCGCCAUUGGCUGCCAGCUGGCGGGGGCGCUCGCGUCGGCCGCCGGCUUCACCGCGUCGCCCUCUGAAGAGGCGGUGGACGUCUUUGUGGACGGCUUCGCCUUCCGCCUGCUCCUCUACACUGACAGCCCCCCGCGCGUGCUGGUGCUAAGCUGGCACCACGGCCUGGUGGCGGCGCUGGAGGGGCAGUACGCAGCCUUUGGCCCCACCUGCCGCUUGGCCAAGCGGUGGCUGGGCACGCAGCUGCUGGGCAGCCAGCUGGGCUGUGAGGCCGUGGAGCUGCUGGUGGGCGCCGCCUUCUGCGGGCCAGCGCUGGCACCACCCCCAGCAUCGCGCGUCACGGGCCUUCUGCGCUUCCUGCAGCUGCUGGCCAGCCACCCCUGGCUGCGCGCCCCCCUGCUAGUGGACCCGCUGCGCGAGGUGGACGCAGCCCAGCGGCGGGCGCUGCUGCAGCAGUAUGAGGCGCGGCGGGCAGCAGGCAGCGCUCCUGCCAUGUUCAUCUCAACACCGCGCGACAUGGCUUACAGCAGAUGGACCGUGGACCGCCCCAGCGCCGGUGUGCUGCAGCACCUGGUGGGCGCAGCAGCGGCGGCGGCCGAGCAGCUGUCGGCGCUGCAGGAGCGCCUGGAGGGAGCUGGGGACGCGUGGGGCGCCCUCUUCGCAGCGCCCCUGGAGGACUUUGAUGCCUGGGUGCUGCUGAGGAGGGACGCGCUGCCGCACGCUGACCGCGUCAUCCCCGGGGAGUCGGCACGGCUGUCCAAGCACCUAGAGCGCCAUGCAGCGGGACACGGCAAGCGCAACCGCGGCGCCAGUGCAGAUGCAGGCGUGCCCGCAGCCAAGUCGGCGAACGCUGUGCUGCGGGCUUUCCCCCAGCGCGUCCUGGCGAGCCAGCCUACAGACGCGCUGCUGCCGGAGCUGCUGGUGGGCUUUGACCCUGUGGGGCGCUACCUGGCGCUGCUGGAGGAGAGGUUUGGACACCUGGCCGUGUUCUGCGCAGACACGGCAGGCGGCUUCCCUGCAGUGGGCGUGAAGUGGCAGCCGGCCGCCUUUGUCCCGUCACCCCUGCGGCCUGCGCUGGCGCACUGCGUGGUCGAGGUGGCCCCAGGCCUGGGUGUGCCCAACCUGGCCCAGGUGCUGCACGAGAUGCACCUGCUGGGGGAGGGCCUGGUGCAGGAGGUGGUGGCGCUGUAA